ACAAUGUGUCAUUCAGGGGACUUCACUCUUAGUCUUUGAAAAAGCAACUGUGAGAAAUGGCGGAGUAUGUAUCUCAACAGUCUUAUGACUACUUGGACUUUGGCGAUGAUAGCGAAGAAGAAAAGGCAGAAAGUUCCGAGGAUGAGAUCGACAUUAUUCUGAAUGGUACCCCGGAACAACGCCGUCACCUGCAUCACAACAGUCAAAGACUCAAGCAUGGAAGGAGGCAGAAUAAAAGACAACCAUGUACAAACGACUUUUCCUCAAGCGAGGAUGAAUUUGAGAGAGAGAUGAAUGCUGAACUGGACAAAACAGUUCGCUUGCUAGAAAAAGCAAGAGAUGUUAGUAGGAAAGAAAGUAAAGAACAGUCUGCUAAUAGACACGGUGGUGGCAGCAGCAGUGUUGGGAAUGAUGCAGUGAAAACUGACCAGCAUGAUGGAAAACCUCAUCAUCAGUCCUCUGGAUUAUCUAAUGAUGAUUUACUAUAUGAUCCUGAUAUGGAUGACGAUGAUCAACGUUGGGUUGAUCAUCAGCGCCAGAUUCAUCGUGGUAUUGAUUGUCAGAAUACAAAUAACAACAGUAAAAAAUUGGGAAAGAAAACAGCCCCACAAAGUGAUGCAGUCCUUGAUUGCCCAGCCUGUUUGACUACAUUAUGCAUAGAUUGCCAGAGGCAUGAAGUGUAUCACAACCAGUAUCGAGCUAUGUUUGUAAUGAACUGCAAAAUCGAGACAAGCGAGCUUUUGGAAGUUCCUGAACAAGCAUCCAAGAAAAAGUCUAGAUCAAAGAAAUUAAAGCCCUCAGUAGAAGAGAUAAAAUCAGAAGAAACAUCCACAUCUGAAGACAAGGACAAAUUUCAUCCAGUAAAAUGCGAAGAGUGUGAUACUGUUGUUGGUGUGAUUGAUCUUGGUGAAGUCUAUCAUUUUUUUAAUGUACUUGCUAGCUAUGCUUAAAUUAUUUCAGUGUGUGAACUGGAUGUUCCUGUACUGACGUUAAAAGGGCUGUUGACCAACCAUCAGUAAACAGCAUCCAACUCAUUGUGUUAGGUUGUUCGUAAUGAUUUUUAGGUUAUUCGUCUUUAUUGUUGAUGGUCAUGAUUAAAGUGAUAGCCCAUCUUGUGCUCAUAACCCUGCAGCAGGAAGAGGAACCAACCUGACCAUGUAUUUUUACCUUUGAUAAUGGUGAAGUCAUUUCGGAAGUUAGAUUGUUUAUCUUGGUGGCAAUUGUCAUCAUAGAAAUGACAACCAGCGUUAAAAAUGUAUUGAGAAGUUACUGAAUUUUAUAUAAUUUACUUUAUAUGUGGUGUGAUUUUAAUACAGAUAUUUGUGAAAGAUGCAAGAGUUGCUUAUUCAUCAUUUAUGCAUACUCCACUUUUAUCACUUUUUUUUUUACAUUUGCUUCUUACUAGAGAUUUAAACUAUGCAUAUCUGAUUUCAGCUAUAAUCCAUGCAACAUACUGUUACUAUAAAUUGUAGUGUUUCAGCAAAAGAUUUUCUAGCAAUGGUUCAUGUUUGGUAGUGCAAUGGGGUGUUUUAAUCUUUGACAAUCUCCGUUCUGUUUUUAUUUUCUCUAAGGAAUUGACAGGUAGAAAGGGGUUUGGUGAUGAGAGUGGAGAGAUAAAAUAGAAAAACAUGCCUCAAGGUAUGCAUGUCAUGUCAGUGAUGGGCGGAAUAGGAAGUGAGGAACUAGUAAUAAAGACACAGAGCUGAAUGUGUUAAUCAAAAUUAUUGUAAUAUGUUUGAUAAUAUUUUGGUAAGUAAUCAAUUUGAUGAGUAAAAGAAUGUCAUUUUCUGCAAUCUUACAAUAUAAAAAAAAUGCAAUAAAGAGAUGUGCAAUAAAUAA